UGUUUACUUUCUACGAACCAUAUUCGCACAAAGACGAAACUGAUAGGGGCGACUCAGCUUAAUGUAGUCACAUAAGGGAGCAACAAAGUUAUGGAUGUCAGAUUAGCGUGCUAUUUUUUUCUUCAAAAGCAAACAGUGGGGGCCUCAUGGGUCUCUUCUUCUUCUUCUUCUUCUUCUUCUUCUUCUUCUCAAAAACCCCAUUUCCCAUUUCAAUUUCCAUUACCCAAUUCAGGGUUUUGAGUAAUUUCCCCUUCUCCAAAGUUUCCUCGGUGGUGGGGGCGGUGGUGCUGAUUCAUAGGGUGAAGGGGUUGCCGUGAAAGAGAUAAAGAGAACAUUCUGAGGUUGGCCUUUUGUGUUUGUGUAGCUGUGGUGGCUGUCAAACAUGAGGCACAGCUCAUUUCUUUGAUGGGUUCCCCUUUAUCUUUACCUUUACCUUUACUUUUUGCUGUUUUUCUUUCUUUCUUGUCUCUGUGGCCUGUGGGGUUCUUUCACAAUAUCACUCCUCGCUUCUCUCAACAAUGUUUCUGAUUGUUGUGCCCAUCGAUAUUUGAUUCUUCGUGUUUGAUAAUCCACUUACUCCUCUUUCGUCCUUUUUUAGCCUACCCCAUUUCCCCUUUUGUUUUCUUUUCCAGAGAUUUUCCGAAUCGAUUCAGCUUCUUCAGCUCUCACUUGUUUGGUAACUCUUAUUUUUGUGUCUUCCAUUCGUUGAACCUGUGUAAUAUCUUGAUUCGAAGAAUUUUCAUAAGGGUUUAAUAAAAGGAUCCAUGUGAUUCUCUUGAUUUCUUCUUCUCAAUUUUAGUUUCAGUCCUCAGUUGUAACAACUUGGGUGUGCUGUGUCUAUAUUCUCAACUUACAAUGGAUGUCUGUAUUUGCAGUUUCAGGUGUUGAGCUUUCUAAUCCAAGUGGAGAAACUAAGGAAAAGCUUGAGGAAGACCAGUGGACUGGGAAUUUUGAGUUGCGAGACUCUGCAGAUUGGAGAGGAUUUUUGGUGUUUGACCCACUGGAAAGGAAAGGAAAAAAGUAAAAAAAGAACCAACAAGGAAGACAAAAUCUAGAAGGGAAGGAUAAACAAAUAAGGGAAAGGACGGUGGUGUCAGGUAUUAGCAAGUGGGGGUGUCUCCAGCUUUGCGAAUGAUAUACGUUUUAAGAGUGUUUUCAUAGUAAUGUCACACCCAUUCGACCCUCUAUCUCCGGGGUCCUUGGGAAGUGUUACUCCUUGAGGAAGCAAUCUCUUGUUUACAACUUCUUUAGUUUCAGGCUUGUGUUUCUUUGAUUAAAUUACCAAAACCCCACUUUUUUUUUUCUCCUUUGUUUGUUGAAAAGAUUCGGUCACACUAGGAAAAACAAGACCACCCCCAGAUUUGCUUAUCCCUUUUAUUCCUUCACCAUAAUAGAUCCAGUCAAUUUUUAGCCUUUCAUUCCACUCCUUUGGUUUGUCUUCUUCUUCCUUGGAUAUAUUCUUUCUGGGUUUGUUGUUGAUUGAAAUAAACAAUCUUGAAGAAGAGAAAGAAAACAGAUACUGAGAUCCAUUUUCUUGACCAAGAACAUGAAGUUUAUGAAACUUGGAUCCAAGCCUGAUGCAUUUCAGACUGAUGGUGAUAAAAUUAGGUAUGUAGCGACUGAGUUGGCUACUGACAUCGUUGUCAAUGUCGGGGACGUGAAGUUUUAUCUGCAUAAGUUUCCUCUUCUGUCGAAAAGUGCCCGAUUGCAAAAGUUAGUCUCUUUGUCGAAUGAAGAAAAUAGUGAUGAAAUACAUAUCCUGGAUAUUCCUGGUGGAGCGGCUGCUUUUGAAAUUUGUGCCAAGUUCUGUUAUGGUAUGAUUGUCACCCUCAAUGCAUACAAUGUCAUUGCUGCUAGAUGUGCUGCUGAAUAUCUCGAGAUGUAUGAAACCAUUGAGAAAGGGAAUCUCAUCUACAAGAUUGAAGUCUUUCUCAACUCAAGCAUCUUUAGAAGUUGGAAGGACUCAAUAAUUGUUCUUCAGACAACCAAGUCUCUUCUUCCAUGGUCUGAGGAACUUAAGGUGGUCAAUCACUGCCUUGAUUCUAUAGCUUCCAAGGCAUGCAUCGAUACUUCAAAGGUCGAAUGGUCAUACACCUAUAAUAGGAAGAAGCUUCCAUCUGAAAAUGGGGAUGAUUCUCAUUGGAAUGGUGUGAGAACACAAAAACUUGUUCCAAAGGACUGGUGGGUUGAAGAUCUCUGUGAGCUUCAAGUUGACUUAUACAAGCGAGCAAUAAUGACAAUUAAGACGAGGGGCAGAAUCAGUGGUGAUGUAAUUGGAGAAGCUUUGAAAGCAUAUGCCUCAAGGAGGUUACCCGGGUUUUCUAAAGGUAUGGUCCAAGGUGGUGAUAUUGCAAAAAAUAGACUACUGGUGGACACAAUAGUUCAGCUUCUUCCCUCAGGGAAGGGGGAAGUUUCUUGUAACUUCUUGCUAAAAUUGUUAAAAGCAGUAAUUCUGCUAGAUUGUGGAGAGAUGGGAAAAAUUGAACUUAUGAAAAGAAUUGGUCAGCAGCUUGAUGAGGCCACAGUGGCUGAUCUUUUGGUUCGAGCUCCCGCCGGUGAAACAACUAUUUACGAUGUUGAUAUGGUACAAAACCUGGUUGAGGAGUUUGUCACACAGGUGCAGAAUGUCCACACUGAUCUUCACAUGGAGAAUGAGUAUCAUGAGAUCAGAAGCCCCAAGUUUGUUUCUGAUGCUUCCAAGUUGAUGGUUGCAAAACUGGUUGAUGGUUAUCUUGCUGAAGUUGCUCGUGAUCCCAACUUACCUCUAACAAAAUUUCUACGUCUUGCUGAAUCGGUUUCGAGCUUCUCCAGACCAUCUCAUGAUGGACUAUACCGAGCUAUCGAUAUGUAUCUCAAGGAACACCCUGGAAUCAGCAAGAGCGAGCGUAAGAAAAUAUGUCGAUUGAUGGACUGUAGAAAAUUGUCCCCUGAUGCGUGUUUGCAUGCCGUGCAAAACGAGAGGCUACCCUUGCGAGUUGUUGUUCAGGUCCUCUUCUUUGAACAAAUGAGAGCUUCAGCAGCAUCAGCUGGUGACAGCACACCUGAUCUACCGAGUACAAUUAGGGCUUUACUACCAGGAAGUGGAUCUCAUGGAAGCUCACGGUCUACAACCACAAACACCGAGGACGACUGGGAUGCCAUACCAACUAUUGAAGAAAUUAGGGCAUUAAAGGGAGAGCUUGCUGCUCUAAAGCUCGGAAAUGGCGAUAGAAAUGGAAGCGACAUUGCUAAAAACAAUGCCGAAAAGGUAUCAGGGAAUAAAAUGAAGGGCAUGCUCAUAUCAAAGAAGAUCUUCUCGAAACUCUGGUCGAACAAAGACAGAAAUGGAGAGAUCAGUAGCUCUGAGACAUCAGAAAGCCCGGGUUCUUCGAACGCAGAGGAAACUAAAUCAACCCCCUCAAGAAGCCUGAGGCAUUCAAUUUCUUAAUUCAAACACGGUCUACAAAUUGUAGUGAUUGUUUUUGGUUGGCAAUCUGUAAAAUUUCUCUUUUGACAGUUAGAAGAACAAGUAGAAUCCGCUGACAUAUUCCACCAUGACAAAGGAGAAUUUGAUCGUAUGAUGUGAAUGUAAAAGCUCCUCCUGGGUCUAUGUGUUUUCUUACACCUGAAUUCAUGUAGGAAUCAUUAGUCUAUGUUUCUUUUUUUUCUUUUUUGGUUUUAUGGAUCCGUAAGUUAUAUUUUUGUUGUACCAUAAAUCAGAAAUAACGUUGUGAGGAAUGUCAGAGACUGUGCUUCAUCACAAUUUUGA